AUGACUGAGUCCCAUCGUCCGCUUGUACUUGGUCCUUCGCCUACUUCUGAUGACCAUGACCACGACCACGACCGCGACCACGAUGAUGACAACGACCAUGGAAGUCCCGCUCCCGGCGAGGGAAAAGGCUCAAGCACGACCUGGAAGAAGAGGGUGUCGACAGCCUGUCUAGCGUGCAAGCAAUCAAAGCGAAAGUGCUCAGGAACAGCUCCCUGCACAAAUUGCCUAGCCUUCAAACGGACUUGUAUCUUCGACGAAAGCCUCGACCAACGCCGCCGCGUCGCUGCGAAACGUACCGCUGACGAACUCAGUUAUCAUCGUGACCUCUUGCAGGAUCUUUUCAGGUUGAUCCGCGAAGCUAAUGAAUCCCACGCGUUGCAGCUGUUGGAUAUUAUUCGGGAGAAUGCCCCGUCGGAUCGCAUUAGGGCGUUUAUAGAGGAGACGCUUGCGGGGCUGGCGAAGAGUGUUGGUGUUUCGCAGCCUGCUUUGGGGUCGACUUCUGCGUCGGCGUCUGGGUCUGCCUCUGCCUCUACAUCUGCCUCGGCUUCAACGUCUCUGUCUGCCAAAUCAGAGACUGAAAAGGAGACUAUUGCCAGGUUGGAAGAUAUGCGCAAUUUGAUCAAUGUCGAGGGGUCGAGUCCGACUUUUAGACGGAAGGUUAUGGAUAUUCAUUUCCUCUGUGAUGAUGCGCCUUGUUCUGUUCCUGCGAGGCCGUGGACCAAUGUUACCCAGGACUCGGAUUUGGUGUCGCAUCUGGUGUCGUUGUACUUUUCUUGGGAUUGGCUGCUGACUGUGUUCUUGGACCAGGCGGUCUUUUUGAGACAUAUGGCUCGUGGGGAUUUGGGUUCGGAGUUUUGUUCGCCGUUUCUGGUCAAUGCUUUGCUCAGCAAUGCUUGUUAUUUCUCUGAGUUCUCCGAGGCUUAUGUUGUUCCUGGAGAAAUUUCUUCCAAUGGCAGUGAUUUCCUUGCUGAGGCUGAGAGAUUGAGGAAUGAAGAACCUGAGCAGCCUAGUUUGGCUGGGUUGCAAGGAACGUUGUUGAUGUAUGAAAGAUAUUCCAUGUCUCGUAAAGAUGACCUUGGAUACAUCAUGCUUCACGAGGCCAUUCGCAUGGGUGAGUCGCUAGGACUGGUUGGCAGCAAGGGUCCUAGAGUCGCAUUCAGUGAGUUGUCCAAGGACAUGGAGAUCUCGUGCCAAAGAACCGCUUGGGGAUUAUUCAACGUCGACACAAUGGUCCAUACAGGCUUCCUCCGUCCCAGUCUGAUCGACCAUGUCAACAUGGCCCGUAUCGGCCGCAAUGAUGCCGAAGACCAAGCUCUCUGGCGACCAUAUCCGACCCAUCGCAGUCCGCGCCCGUCGAUGUUUAGCCAGUAUUUCGAUGAAGUGUGCAAUUUGUCCACAAUCGCUCGGGAUAUCUCGCGCAGUAUGUUUGCAGACCAUCGGACGAACACCGCAAUCGGCUCUUUUCAGCCCCAAAGCCGAGAAGAAUUAAAUGACCGUAUACGGCGUUGGUAUGAUCUCCUCCCUGUCGAGUUUGACACUCAGGCUCGCCCAGCUCCGCAUAUAAUUUUGCUGAAGUAUACGAACACCUACCUCGUAUCCGACCUUCGUCUGCUAACGGAAUAUAGAAUGCGCUAUCACACCCUGGUAAUAAACCUAUUCAGCUGCAUCUCAGAUGACGAAGUCCCCGUCUCAGCUUUCGAGCCCAAGACCCCAGAAAGCACACCCCGACACACCCCUGAGCCCAAAUACAACGCCAGCGAGGUGACCCAGACAGCAGCCCACGGUAUUGCAGCCCUCACUCGGCUGCACCGCCGUGAAUUCGGCGUUGAUCGCGCCCACAAAUUCGCCAUGUAUGCGAUGAAUUUGGCUCUAUUCACGAUGCUGGAACAAAGCACCUUUGAUGUCCUCGACGAGGAUUUUCUCUCAUUGGCGAGUGCAUUCUCUGUUGUCGCGAGUCGCUCUGCGCUAGGUCGGAAUUUGUUCCAUAUUUUCCGGCAGUCUGUUCGGGCGAAGGCGCAAGGUCAUCGAAUUCGGGAUGCUGUGGCUGUUCCGGACGAAUUGAAGGAUUUGUUCGACGAGGAUUCUUCGGGAAAGGGCCAUAGUCGGUUUGACGAUUAUGCUGAGGGUUUGGAGAAGCUUAAUCGCGAUUUGAAAUACCAUGGAAUUGGGGGGAGGGCGAGCUUGGACUACAAGAAUACCCUGGGCUUGGGCUCUCGGAUAUGCUGGAUCGCUAUGAGAGCUUGA